AUGAUCAGAGAGGAAAUAAAAGUUGACUGCCAAGAAUCUGAUGAAUGUGAUGAACAAUCAUAUGUUGGAGAGCUCACCAUAAGUGAACUAGCUGCAGGUUUUACUGAGACAUGUCUAAUGGAUGAGAAUCUGUGUGCAAAAGUAAGGGAGUACAGAAGUAUCAAUAGAUUCCUGCUAGAAGAAAGAGUAAGCCUUAUGAUAGACAUUACUGAUCGGGAAAGAAAACUAGAUAAGUCAAAUAUGUGCAAUGAUUCUAAAAGUCUAUCUGAAAGUAAUGUCAUAGAGAAUGUUUUAACAACAUCUGAAGACAUUGUGAAGCAAUCGUGUGAUGCAUCUCCCGUAUCUGACUCGGCAACACCGGAUGAGUCGUCUAACUCUAAUAGGAGUCUAGAGGUUGUACCUUUAAGGACGAUUAGUAGUGAUGAUGUAAAGGCCACAAAGCCUAAAACAGCACAUGCAAAACGGCCCAAGGAGGGUAUUCAUAACAAGGGCGCCAAACCUUCUGCAUCUAAUACGAUAGAGGAACUUACUAAAGAAGGAACCAGAUAUGUCGAUAAAGCAAUUACCAGAAUUGUUACACGCAUUCUGAAUGAAAAUCAUCAAAACACUAGUAAGGCUGAAGUUGCUCACACCUCUGGUUGUGACCCAACUGAAGAGGAGAUCAUUAAGAAUGGACAAGGAGGUGCUGAGAAUACCAAUGUUACUAAGGAUGUCAAUGACAUCGAAGAGAAUAAGCACACUAAGGUCAAUACUGAAACAGGUACCAAUGUGGUAGACUUAGAUGAGUAUUCUGACGACGAGUUGCUUGCCUCAUUAAAUCCUAGUGUAGCCAACAGGCUGAUGACUAGAAGAAAAGCCAAAGCUAUUUCCCAAAGUUCCCCUGAAAAGAAUGCAGAAGCUAAGAGCACUUUUAAAGACUCUGUCAAGAAGAAGAGUACUUCUGCCGGUCCUAUCAAGAGCAGAGUUGUGGCUAAGAGUGUAGGGGAAAUCUUAGAGCUAAUUCAGGAAGCUGGACUAUUAAAAACUGUGUGCAACCUUCCCAAAUGUUAUGAGAGGCUGGUAAAAGAAUUUACGGUGAACCUAUUUGAAGAUUGUGGAAACAGCAAGAGUGUGGACUUCAGAAAAGUGUUUGUGAGAGGUAAGUGUGUUUCGUUCUCUCCUUAUGUGAUUAAUAACUUCUUGGUAAGAACAAAUGAAGCUCAACCUGAGCUUGAAGUGACAGACAACAAGGUUUGUCAAGUGAUCACAGCCAAGCAGGUAAAAAGCUGGCCCUUAAAAGAGAAACUAACUGCAAGUAAGCCGAGCAUCAAGUAUGCAAUGCUUCACAAGAUAGAAGCAGCUAAUUGGGUACCAACAAAUCACAAGUCCACUAUUUCAACUGUUCUUGGCAGAUUUUUGUAUGAUGUAGGAACAAAGGCAAACUUUGACUAUGGAACAUAUAUUUUUGAUCAAACUAUGAAGCAUGCUAGAAGCUUCAGUGUUAAGGGUCCAAUUGCCUUUCCAUCCCUCCUGUGUGGUAUAAUUCUGACUCAGUAUCCCAACAUUCUCAAUGAACAUGAUGUAGUAUGCAAAAGAGAAAGCGCAUUGGCUUUCCACUAUAAAUUGUUUCAGGGUACGCAUGUUCCAGACAUUGUCAUGACAUCGGCUGAAACAUCCAAGUCUGGAGCAUCAGCCAGCAAAGCAAAAGUCAUAGCAAUGUUAAAAGAGACCUGCAAAGAGCUGGAAGCUAGGAAGAUAUCCCUUGAAAAGAUGAUAAGCACUCUGGAAAUGGAUGAGAAUGAGGAAUUUGUAGAUGCUGUAGAGAUGGCAGAUGAAGAUGAAUAA